GUCGCUCUUCGUGCCACGACUCUCGGUUUCUUGUCCAUCUUGUGAAGCAAGCAGGAGCAGUCCGUGUCGCUGUCAGGCAGGAGUCCGAGCGCAUUCACAUGUGUCUUUUGCCUCGUCUCGCCAUCUGCGGCAGGCCGUCGAGGUUUUAAGGCGCUGCGCCUGCAGACUGAGCGGGGUAAAGAUCUCGCGAGAGCUCCGGCUCGCUGUGGCUGUGCAGCAGACAGAGGGAGAAGGCAGGCAGGCAGCAUCAUGGCGGACAGAGACAGUGGAAGUGAGCAGGGAGGAGCAGCUACGGGCCCAGGCUUCGGUUCCAUGCACCUAGCGACAGGAGGGGCGGGCUCGGCCUCCGGGCUCCAGCAUGAGACCCAAGAGCUGGCAUCGAAGAGGGUUGACAUCCAAAACAAACGUUUCUAUUUGGACGUUAAGCAGAACGCGAAAGGCCGCUUCUUAAAGAUAGCAGAAGUCGGGGCCGGUGGAAACAAGAGCCGCCUCACUCUCUCCAUGUCCGUGGCGGUUGAGUUCCGUGACUACUUGGGGGACUUCAUCGAACAUUAUGCCCAGCUGGGUCCGAGCAACCCGGGGUUGGUACAAGACGAGCCCAGGCGAGCCCUCAAAAGCGAGUUCUUGGUCCGAGAAAAUCGGAAAUACUAUAUGGAUCUGAAAGAGAACCAGCGGGGACGGUUUCUGAGGAUUCGACAGACCGUUAACCGGGGGCCCGGUUUGGGAUUCACGCAAGGCCAGACGAUUGCUCUGCCUGCCCAGGGACUUAUUGAGUUUCGUGACGCUUUGGCUAAACUUAUUGACGAUUAUGGUGUAGAGGACGAACCUGCAGAGUUGCCCGAAGGGUCAUCGUUGACUGUGGACAACAAACGGUUUUUCUUCGACGUCGGAUCCAAUAAGUACGGUGUGUUUAUGAGGGUAAGCGAGGUGAAGCCAACGUACCGCAACUCAAUUACAGUGCCCUACAAAGUGUGGUCCAAAUUUGGGAAUACUUUCUGUAAAUAUGCCGAGGAGAUGAAGAAGAUCCAGGAGAAACAGCGGGAGAAAAGGGCAUGCGAGCUGCAGCAACAAGAGGAGAUGCAGCAGGACGAUGGAGACGAGGAUUGAUAUAGACAGCAAACAAAAAAAGAAAAAAAAGAGAGAGAGAGGAAAAACAUGCCAGA